CUUUCCCCCGUUCUCUCUUGUUCUUUCUCCUUCACUUUCCCGAAAUCAUCAAUUCAUUAAACCUUUGCAGUGAGAGUGACAUUUGAAAUUACUCUCUAGUCAGCAGGAUAUGUACAACAACUACCAACAACAGCAGCAGCAGCAGCAGCAGCAGCAGCAGUAUCGGUACCAACAGCAACAGCAACAACAGCAACAACAACAACUACAACAACAGCAAUAUUAUCACUCUGCAGUUGGCAAUAAUUUCCAGUAUAAUGCCGGUUUUGGCCUGCCAUUGAUGCAACAGCAUCAGCAAUAUCAGCCUGCACGUCCAGGCUGGGCUGUCUCCCGUGAAGAAAAAGCUCGCUAUGACCAAAUCUUCUCUGCAUGGGAUCCAGACCAUUCAGGUUACAUUAGUGGAGAACGUGCUCGCGAGAUCUUUGGGUCAAGCGGUCUUCAACAAACAGACCUCGGGCACAUUUGGGCUCUCGCGGAUCCAAACAAUCAUGGAAAACUCAACAAAGACGAAUUCGCUGUCGCCAUGCACUUGGUCUAUCGAAAACUCAACGGGGGCGACAUUCCUCCGGUUCUCCCUGACGAUCUUAUCCCGCCUUCAACACGCGACAUAUCUGAGACACUCGACUUUGUAAAAAAGUCUCUUAUGUCAGAUGUUCCUUCCACCCCUGGCUCUACCAACUGGGGAUCAUAUGGCGGCCACUCAUCCUCUACAUCACUUUCUAAGCGCCUUAGCGUUCGAUCUCCAGAUGAUGUUGGUUAUGUCUCAUCCGCGCGCAGGGGGAGUCCAGCCUCUUCCAGUCGCGCACAAACAUCCUCAGAAACAUCUAUUGGACGUUUACAGAAGCAAAUUAACGAGCAGAGACUUGUUCUUGAGGCAACAUUGUCUCAAGUCGACAAUCAUUCAGACCGUGGAGAAGAUAGGGAGAUUUCGGAACUGAAAACUCAAAUUAAGAACGCUCAAUCCAGACUUCUGGCUUCUUCAAAUGUGACCAUCCACCAACGACUUGCUAGUGGGGCUGAGGACCUUGCUCGUCUUCGAGAGGAGCGCCGAAAUGUGGAUCAAGAAGUGACAAGUUUAUUGAGAACAGUUUCUUUACUGGCUAGUAGAGUACGAGAAGCAGACAAGAAUCUCGAAGAUUCGCGACUGGAAGUCGCAAAAUUAAAAUCUGGAAGUACAUCUUCUGUAGAUGUUAAUAUAGUAGGAACAGGACCUGGUGGAGCGAUUACUGCUGAGGAUAGGAUAAAAGCAAGAGCUGCAUUGAUGAAAGCUCAGCGUAUGGCUGCUCUUACUGGUAAACCCAUCCCAUCUGCAGCACAAGCGGGAAUUGAUCCUGAUCACGCUGCUCGUAUCCGGGCUGAAAGAGAUGUGAAUGAGCAGAAUGUAGCUGAAAUCGAGGCAGCAGUUCGUCGACUUGAAGAUAACAUGCGUCAACUUGAACGUGACCUUGACAUUCACAGCCAUACUCAUGGUGAUGAUCGUUCCGACAACGAUCGUCGAAGAUGGGAAGAAGGUGCGGGUAUUGUAUCUGAGACUGUUAGACGAUUCAUUCAGGAAAUCAAACCGGCUAUGUCACCCAUUGUCCCUUCAACCCCUUCCUACCAGUCUACCUCGUCUACAUUCACGCGUAGCCAUUCGUCUGCCACAACACAGUCAUGGCACAAGUCUGCCUCAGCCUCAUCAUCUCCUGCUGUCACAUCGUCCUCUUCAUUCCCAUCGUCCCCUUCUGCAUCAAGCAUUAGUCUUGCCGGCAAGACUCCGGAAGAAAGGCGUGCUAUCAUCCGAGCACAAGCCGAAAAAAGAUUACGUGAUCGCCAAAAUGAACUCUUAGCAAAGACACAGUUGAGCCGGUCAGAAACUUCUUCACCUGCUCUGCAAGCUGCUACUUCUGAUGUUGAUGCCAUCGCUAGUGCCAGGUUUGAAGAGGCAGAGAGGCAGGCAAGAGAAAAACUUUUGGCAAACGCAGAGUCCAAGCGCCGCCAAGCGGAGCAAGAGCGUCAGGCAGAGAGAGAUCUAGCGAGUCGAGAAAAGGUUUCUCAUAGUGAACCAGCGACAGAAGAUAACAUGCGCACACAUUUAGGUUAUCAGCCACAGGCUGAGGCUAAGCAGUCCCUAGAGACAAAUGAGCAGAAGCUGAAAGAAAUCCAAGAUCUUCAACGAGCGGCAAAAGAACGUGAAGAGCAAGAAGAACGGGAUCGUAAGGAACGCGAAGAGCGGGAUCGUAAAGAGCGUGAGGCACAGGAGGAGCGAGAUCGCAAGGAGCGUGAGGAGCAGGAAGAACGGGAUCGAAAAGAGCGAUUUGCUCAAUAUACCGCUGCAGCUAAGCAGCAACAGCAGACAGCAACUUCUCCAGCUAUAUCCACCCAACCCACCAAGAGAGAGCCCAUUCGCAUUACGCUUGACAUGAACCCAUUCGCAAAACAUCGCAAAUCGAUUUCAUCAUCAGAUGACGAUUGGGAUACAGCCAGUCCUGUUUCCGCAACCACUCCAGUGGCAUCUACUACCGCCACAGGAUAUAACGCCAAUAUAUCAUCCAACUCAAACAACCCGUUCUUCAAAAUGAUGUCACAAAGUGUAGCACAACCAUCUCCAUCAACUACAAACCACUCAAAGGAUACUUCGGAUGGUUGGGAUGUUGUUGAGAAAGAUGUUGAGUUGGCCAUGUCCACUUCUCAAAACUCCAGUAAUACACUGUCCGUGGCUCCCUCAGAUACUGUGGCACCAUCCACAAAUGCUCCUCCUCCACCACCACCACCACCACCACCCAUGCCUACAACAGGAACCUUUGCUUCACUUCCUCCUACAGAGGCUAUGAAGCCAUCAUCCGCAGCCCGACCUCCACCACCGCCUCCACCACCUCCCGCUGGUAUACCAGUGCCGCUCCCUGCCCCAGCAGGUGGUGCGCCUAUUCCUCCUCCAGCUUCCUCAGUCGGAGGUACGGCCAGUCAUCCUCCUCAAGCUAGUGGAGCUAGAGGAGCACUUCUAAGUCAGAUCCAGGCUGGUAUUCGCUUAAAGAAAUCCGUGACAAAUGAUAAGAGCGCGACCAAAGGCGUUGGUCGCGUUUUGGGUCAGGAGGCAUCGAUAUCCACUGGCUCCUCGGACGCGUCUGGAUCUGCAGUGGGGCAUGAUGGCUCAAGUUCUGUUCCAAAGCCCAUAGGAAUGCCGGGACUGGGUGGUCUCUUUGCUGGUGGUAUGCCCACACUUAAGAAGACAUCUGGCACUGCGUCUGGAAGAGUGGAUGAUGGAAACGAUGACCAUGAUAGUAGACGCGAAAGUACUGAUUGGCUCGGUCGUUUAUCCAGUCAUGCUCCUGCAGUUAUCCCUACUACCUCUACUACAACCUCCUCAGCACCUUUACCUGUUCCUACAGCAGUAGAAAUGAGUACAUCUGCCGAUCAUCCGCAAGAUCAAUCUUUGCAAGCUCAGACUCCUCCCGAAAAGUUGGCAUCAGAAUCUGCAUCCAAUUCUGAGAAUUCAAUCGAAAGCAAAGUCGAUUUCUCAAAUGGAUACCGCGUUAAAGCACUUUGGAAUUAUGGGGCAAUGGCUCCAGAUCAGCUUACUUUUGAGGCCAAUGAUUAUCUACGUGCUUAUCCUUCUAAGGAGUCUGGUAACGUAGACUGGAUUUAUGGAGUUUCUGAGAAGGAUGAAUCAGUCAAAGGCUGGCUUCCAAAGGCAUACGUUCAAGAAGUUUCAGAAAAAUUCAAAGCCAAAGCGCUGUUUACAUAUGCUUCUCAAAAUGAAGAUGAACUUUCAGUUAAUCGAGACGACAUUGUUGAUAUUCUUGAGAAAGCUGAUCCGCAGUGGUGGCGUGCACAAGAUUCGUCAGGCGUAGUAGGAAUGCUUCCAGCAACGUACCUUGAAGAAUAUAUUGAAGGCCAGGCUCCAACAGUUGAGUACCCCAUUGGGAAAGCAAAGGCUCUCUAUGAUUAUGCUGGUCUGAAUGCAGACGAACUCACGGUGAAGGCAGGCGAGAUGGUUGAAAUUAUGCAAAAACCUGAUCCCUUGUGGUGGCGUGCUCGAAAUAGUCAAGGCGAUUCUGGAAUGCUUCCUUCGACAUAUUUAGAAGAGAUUGAUGGACAGUCCACUAGCGGUUAGUGCAUCGCAUUCAUUACUAUCUCAUUCAUACUCUUUCCGAUUAUGACUGUCGUCUUCAUUAUUCUCAAAAAAAAAAAAAAA